AAUACACUGCAGCCGCAAACUGUCGCGUCGCAUUACAUACAGUGUUGCCAACUUUUGUAUUCGCAAAAAGCUAUUUUGGCGAAAUUCGCAUAUCUUCACCAUUAUGUGCAUUACAAUUUUGAUAUUGCUAAGCAAAGAGUUAAACUCAACCUAGACUGCGUGUCACCGCCGUACCAAUAUAGCUUACAAGAAUUUUUUGUGAAUCUGGAUAUUAAACAGCUAAAUCUAACCGGAAAAGGCUGAGUGGGCACCACUUUAGCCUGCGCCGCCGCCAAAGUCGUCACACAAAAUGAAUAAACCAAAAGGCACAGCGGUUUUUUGUUAAUUUUCUGAAGUUUCAAUUUGUCUCGUCAUUAUCAUCAUCCGCAUUGCCAUCGUAAUUUUUAGCAGGUUUGUCUUAUUACCACCCAUCAACCGCCAGCCCGCCCGCCCAGCUAGCUUUUGUGAGAAACCUUGUAUACAAGUUCGGUUACUGGAUCAUUUUAAUUGCGCACAGGAACUUUGUCGUUUGACAUUCUUCAUAUCCCUAACGAACACAAACACAUAAAUAUUUAGUUAUGUCAUCGACCGCGGGGAAACGUAAGGAAAUAUACAAAUACCUGGCGCCAUGGCCACUCUACUCCAUGAACUGGAGCGUCCGGCCAGACAAACGUUUCCGCCUUGCCUUGGGUAGCUUCAUCGAGGAGUACAACAACAAAGUGCAAAUCAUAAGCCUGGACGAGGAUACCAGCGAAUUUAGUGCUAAAAGCACCUUUGACCAUCCAUAUCCGACUACAAAAAUCAUGUGGAUACCAGACUCGAAGGGCAUCUAUCCCGAUCUGUUGGCCACCAGCGGUGAUUAUCUGCGUGUUUGGCGCGCCGGUGAACCGGAUACCCAUUUGGAGUGUGUUUUAAAUAACAACAAAAACAGUGAUUUCUGUGCGCCGCUCACAUCGUUCGACUGGAACGAGGUGGAUCCAAAUUUGGUCGGCACCUCAUCCAUCGACACCACAUGCACAAUAUGGGGCCUGGAAACUGGGCAGCCGCACGCUCGCGUCUAUGUGGCUGGGCAUGUUAAGACGCAGCUGAUAGCACACGACAAGGAGGUCUAUGACAUUGCAUUUUCACGUGCCGGCGGAGGACGGGACAUGUUUGCCUCUGUUGGUGCCGAUGGCUCAGUGCGCAUGUUUGAUUUGCGUCAUCUCGAGCACUCAACCAUUAUCUAUGAGGAUCCUGCGCAUACCGCCCUGUUGCGUUUAGCCUGGAACAAACAGGAUCCGAAUUACUUAGCCACAGUUGCCAUGGAUUCAUGUGAAGUUAUUAUUUUAGAUGUUCGUGUUCCUUGUACACCUGUUGCAAGACUGAGCAAUCACAGAGCGUGCGUCAACGGUAUUGCGUGGGCGCCGCAUAGUUCCUGUCACAUUUGCACUGCCGGUGAUGAUCACCAAGCACUGAUCUGGGAUAUACAACAAAUGCCACGCGCAAUCGAGGAUCCAAUUUUAGCCUAUACAGCUGCUGAAGGCGAAGUCAAUCAAAUACAAUGGGGUGCCACGCAACCCGAUUGGAUAGCCAUUUGCUAUAACAAAGCGUGCGAGAUCCUGCGGGUCUAAGAGUCAAUUUUUUCUUACCACCCAUGCCACGUGCCCCCUUUCCGACCCACACUGCUCUGCCUGUGUGACUGUGAUGUGAGGAAAUUGGUUGCUGUCACAAUCCUCAAUACGCACCCAACAACAGCAACAACAAAAACAACAGCAACAACAUCAUCAGCAAGAACAACAGAAGCAGCAGCAGCAGCAACAGCACACCAACACCACACAAGGACACUCAAAGACACACACACACACUUAUAUAUAUUACCAUAUAUAUAGAUAUACAUACACACAUGCGGAUACGAACGUAAUGUAGUUGUAGGUUUUGUAGGCGAAGCGGAAGAAACGCGUUUUAGUUUUAUAUCAUAUAUACAUAUAUAUAAAUAUAAAUAUAUAUUAUAUAUAUUUAUAUAUGGUUUUAUAUUCGGACGCCGAUUUGUAUCCCACAACCGCCUAGCUAUCAUUGGUGUUUGGUCGUCUGUGACUGUGGGUCAACGAACAUGUGUGGCGCAUAGGGCGAAGCAGCCGGGCAAUUCUAUUAGAUUUUAGUUCAUCCGUGCUCCCUGUGGCCGGGUCAGGCACAGUUAGCACCUUAGCUUAGUUGGUACAUAACGUUAUGAUAUAUAAGUCUCAAGGUAUAACCAAAAUAUGUAUUGCUAUUUGUAAUUUAUUUGACUCGUUUCGCAACGUUACGCUGAAAGGACGGACGCUUGAUUCGGACGCUUAGUUAUAUAUUUAUUGAAUUAUCUGCUUUUAAUAACCAUUGUGUGUGUUUUCUGUUUUGAAAUAACCAAAUCAAUUACGCAAAAGAAGAAGAAGAAACAACAUAAGGAACAGAACAAAACAAACAAAAACAAAUGAUGAUCGAAGCAAAAACAAUGUCCUACCUCGUUUUCCAACAUGUGAAAUGUUGUUAAAAUUUUUGUGUCUAACCGCAGUAAGAACAACAAGAACAACAACAACACAACUACACGCUUACAAGAACAACAGACAACAAACAACAAAAACAAAAAGGAGAGAAAGAAAAACCAGAUGAAAAUGUAACCAAAAAGACGCAAAAACGCUUUUUUUCGAAAUAUCUUUUAUUGUUUGUUCACAUUUUUUUAUUAUACGUUUUCUAU